AUGAGUAGAAAAGAUAGUGUUCUCUUUACUCCUGUUAGUAUUGGUCAUCAUAAGAUCAUGAAUAGAUUUAUGAGAUCAGCUACUAAUGAAUACAAAGCUACUUCUCAAGGAAUUCCAAAAGAUGAACUAAAAAAUAUGAUGAUUAACCUUUCCAGAUGCCAAGUUGGAUUAAUUGUUCCUGGGUGCAUGUAUAUUACAUCGCAUGGACGUCGUGGAACAAAUCAAUGUGGUAUGUGCACAAGUGCUCAAUCUCGUGCCUGGAAAAAUGUCAUUGAUGAGAUGCAUAAAUCCGGCUCAAAAGUCCUUUUCCAGAUUAUGCAUGCCGGAACAGCUGCAAAUCCAGAGACAAUGUGCGGUUCUCCGUUUUUCGCUCCUUCAGCAAUUUCAAAAAACUCUGUCGCUCUCACUAAAGCUCAGAUCGAGGACAUAAUUCAUCUCUUCAGAUCAUCAGCUGAGCUCGCAUACAAGGCUGGUGCUGAUGGCGUUCAGUUACAUUGUGCUCAUGGAUAUUUACUCUCUCAGUUUCUUUCUCCAUACUACAACAGACGUACAGAUGAGUACGGUGGUGAUAGAGAUAACAGAUUACGCAUUGUUGCUGAGAUAAUUCAAGAAAUAAGACAAUCAUUACCUUCAGAUUUCAUCGUAUCAAUGAAAAUGAACGGUGACGACUACAUAGAUGGUGGUCUUACACCGAAAGACGCAUCUUACUACGUAUCAAGACUUACUGGUGCCGUUGAUCUUUUCGAGAUCAGCGGAGGAGCCACAGGAAUGAAGUCAAUGAGGUACAGACUCGAAGAGAAAUACCUUCUCAAGGGUGCUAAGAAAGAAGAACACCAAGCUCUUAUUGAAAAAGCAAGAAGUUUCGCAAAAGGAAACGAGUUCACAAUGGAAUGGAACGUUCCAGCGGCAAAAAUCAUCAGAAAGGAUAAUCCAAAGGUUAAAUUGGCUGUUGUUGGCGGAUUGAGGAAUUUUUAUUCCAUGGAAAAGCUCGUCAACGAAAAAGUUGUUGAUAUCUGUUCAAUUUCUCGUCCAUUCAUCAAAGAUCCCGCAAUUGUCAUGAGAUACAAAGUAGGAACUAUCGAUGUUCCAAACUGUUGGAAUUGUAACGAUUGUUUCUUCAGCAUUCCAAAGAAAACAGGUAUUUUCUGCCAUAUCCCAACAUAUUAA